UUGGAGCUUUUCAGCUGGCAGCCCUCGGCCCAUCAUGUAGGUGCAGAGCCCGGGAUCUCGGCUGCAACUGCAAGAGCUGGAAACCUGCUGCUGCUUUUUUUCCCCCUCCGCAGCAGCGAAGAGGACGGACGUGCAGUGUGCACUUAGCCAAAUAAAGAGGAGGAGGAGGAGGGGGGGAGUAUCCAGGAACAGCCCGUGCAGCCGCCUCCUGCAGCCCGGCAGCCCCUGCAGGGAGACCUGGAGCCCGCAGUUUGCAUCUUUGUUGUAAAACUAGAGAGCGGAGAGGAGAGGCGAAGUCUUUUGUGCACCCCACCCCCCCCUUCUUCCCUCCCAUCCACAGCGAAGGGGAGAAUGUCUCAGCCGGGGAAAGGAGGAGGUGUUCCUUUGAUUUGUCACACAGCUCCUGGGUACGUGAAGAAGCCCCCCACAAGCAAAGGCAUUGGGAAGAAGAAAAAGUUGCCCAAAAUCCCAAUGCCCGUGGAUCCGCACCCCACUCCACCCACACCUCCUCGUGAUUUGGAUUCGAAAGCGUACAUCCUGAUUGACGAUAAGAACUACGAGGUGAAAGCGGAUGACUUAUUACCCAUCGAAGAGCUGGGCCGGGGAGCCUACGGAGUGGUGGAGAAGAUGCGCCAUGUACCUAGUGAUCUGAUCAUGGCAGUAAAGCGCAUCAGGGCGACUGUGAACAGCCAGGAACAAAAAAGACUUCUGAUGGACCUUGAUAUAUCUAUGCGCACUGUGGACUGCGAUUUCACCGUCACAUUUUAUGGAGCAUUAUUUAGAGAGGGAGACGUUUGGAUCUGCAUGGAGCUCAUGGACACAUCACUGGACAAAUUCUACAAGUAUGUGAUCGACAAAGGCCUGACAAUCCCGGAGGAUAUCCUUGGCAAGAUAGCCGUUUCUAUUGUUAGAGCCUUAGAACAUCUACAUAGUAAACUCUCCGUGAUCCAUAGAGACGUGAAGCCCUCCAAUGUCCUCAUCAACAAGCAGGGUCAGGUGAAGAUGUGUGAUUUCGGGAUCAGCGGAUACUUAGUCGACUCUGUAGCCAAAACCAUGGAUGCCGGAUGCAAACCGUACAUGGCUCCUGAAAGAAUAAACCCGGAGCUGAAUCAGAAAGGAUACAGUGUCAAGUCUGACAUUUGGAGCCUGGGGAUUACUAUGAUUGAGCUCGCCAUCCUGCGGUUUCCGUACGACUCCUGGGGGACUCCUUUCCAGCAGCUCAAACAGGUGGUGGAGGAACCAUCUCCACAGUUGCCCGCGGGCAAGUUUUCUGCGGAUUUUGUCGACUUUACCUCAAAGUGCUUGAAGAAGAAUUCGGAAGAGCGUCCACCCUACGCAGAGCUUAUGCAACACCCGUUCUUUACUCUGCACGCAUCCAUGAACACUGAUGUGGCGUCCUUCGUGAAAAUGGUUCUGGGAGACUAAUCGGACGCGAGCGACCCCCUUCUCCCCCCCCCCCUCUCAUCCUACGCACGGACUUCUCUUCCUACAGGACAUGGGGCAGCUGAAUGCGGCUGCUUAAAUAACCCAUAGAAACGCAUCACGGGACUGGGAUUACUGGACUCCAUAUUGUUUCUGUUGGCCUUUACAUGCAAACGUCUAACCCCCGCGCUGCCACUGCCCCCUACUGGUAGUGCGGGAGUUUCACCGAUGCGUCUUACCGGAGUGGGAUA